AUGGCUCCCAAGAAGAAGGAACAGCAGAAGAUGUCCCUCGGGACCUUCUUGGCUGAUGAGAAGUUAGGAUCAUGGGCCGAUGAGAUGGAGGAUAUGCCAGUUUACUCGCGUCCUUCUGGUUAUGGCGGAAACAGCAACGAUAGACGUAACUACAGCUCUACUACUGGUACUUAUGGCAACAAUGCCGGAGGUUAUUCUGUCCGUGAGGAACUUCCCCUCCCCGAUAAGCCACCUUACACUGUCCAUCUUGGAAACCUUUCAUUCGACGCCACCAUCGGCGAUGUUAAUGAAUUCUUCGUCGGCUGUGAAUGUAUCAACGUACGCAUCAUCGAGGAUAAAAUGGAAAUGAAACCAAAGGGUUUCGGAUAUGCAGAGUUUGGCUCUUUGGAAGGUCUCAAGUCUGCCCUGACUCUGAAUGGAACUCAAUUCCAAGGACGUAACAUCAGAAUUAGCGUUGCCGAUCCACCAAAGGAUCGCGGUGACCGUCCGGAUGUACGGGAACUUGGAGAUUGGAGCAGAAAAGGACCAUUGCCGGAUUUGCCAGGCCGUGGGGGGGAGCGUCGCACUUCGGAUCGAGGAUAUCAAUCCAGCCGAUUUGGCGACGAAGGCGGCGAACGUAGAUCCCCUCGUGAGCCCGAAAGUGAUGGCAAAGUUCGAGACUUUGGAAACUGGGAGCGAAAAGGUCCACUUUCACCCCUUGCACAACAAGAACGUGCUCCAAGAGAAGGCGGCAGACCACGAACCAACGAUGGACCCAGGGCUGAAGGUUUCAGAGACCGCAAAGCUUCACCAGCUGCUUGGGGCGAAGCCAGAUCUCAAGGUCAGGGCUCUGGCUCGCAAGAGGGAUCCAGACCACCCAGACGCGAAUUCCAGGAGCGACCCGCUGUCGAACGUGCCCCAACCGCCGCCGAUCAGGACAACCAAUGGCGUAGUAAGAUGCGUCCAGACCCACCAGCAGCGCCAGCUGCAAAGUCACCCGUUCCAUCUCGUGAAGGCAGCGAGGUACCAGCUUCUCCUGCCCUUGCAUCAGCCCCAGCUGGUGGUAGACCGAGGUUGAACCUCGCAAAGCGCACCGUUUCUGAGGUCCCUGCCGACUCAUCCUCUCCAUCUGCUACAGGAGAUGCGAAGGCAAGCCCAUUUGGAGCCGCUCGUCCAAUUGAUACCGCCGCCAAGGAAAAAGAAAUUGAGGAGAAGCGACAACAGGCAAUCAAAGAGAAGAAGGAUGCCGAUGAAAAGGCCAAGCAGGAAAGAGAGGCUGCCAAGGCUAAGGAAGCUGAGAACAAUGAAAAGAAGGUUGAAGCUAUACAAAAUGAGGGUGGAGAAGCGACCAAGGAAGGAGAGACAAUCGAAACCGAGAAUGCAAAUGGUGAGAUAGUCGACGAUAAGGCUGUCAAACCAAAAGAGAUUGUAAGGGAUGCUAAACCAAAACCGUCCGAUACUGGUGCUUGGAGACGUCCAUCUUCUGGGCCUAAACCUCCCAGAGAGGACAUUCCAAGGGGUCCAAGGGGUCGGGGUGAUGGUCACCAUGCACCAAGAGGCUCAAGACAAAACGAUAGUGGAAGAAACUAUAGGCAAAACACAAAUGGUGGUGGUCAAAAUGUAACAGCACCAGCCCAGACUCCUGCUGCUGCAACUGAAACUGCAGUUAUGGAAGAGGAUGGCUGGAGCACAGUGUCCAAACCCAAGAAAAAUAAUCGUGGUGGUAAUGCGGGCCAACGUGCUAUUGCUUCUUAG